CCGGCGGUUUAAAACGCGCUCUAACUUGCCCCCUCGUUUUUUCACCGCCGUUGACUGGUCAACGAUACCGGCCGUGGCGAAAAUACAACUUGCCACACACAUUAGCGCGUUGUAUACGAGACGAGCGGUCUCUCUCUCUCUCUCUCUCUCUCUCUCUCUUCGGAUAUACUCUCGCACACACUAGCUCUGUAAAACGCAGCAGCAGAAGGCUCGAAAAUAUCUUGGAGGCGGUUUUGAAAUUUCUUCUGGAAACCCAAGAGUUCAGCAUUUAGUCUAGUUGAUUGGAAAGUCGGGAGUAUAUUUUGCUGGGAAGAGCGUGUGUUUUGACUAAACCCUUGAAGAAAGGAUUGGACAGCAAUGGAGGGUGAGAAGAAGUACAUUACUGUCGAGCAGCUGAAGCUGCACAACAAGCCCUCGGAUUUGUGGAUCUCUAUCCAGGGCAAGGUUUACAAUAUCACUGAUUGGGCCAAAGAUCAUCCGGGUGGGGAUGCCAUUCUCUUCAAUAUGUCCGGCCAGGACGUUACUGAUGGAUUCAUUGCCUACCAUCCUCCAUCAGCAUGGAAGUACCUGGGAAAGUUCUUCACUGGGUACUAUCUGAAAGAUUUCGAGAUCUCCGAGGUCUCCAAGGAUUACAGGAAGCUUGCUUCUGAGUUUAACCAGCUCGGCUUGUUUGAAAACAAAGGGCAUGGGGCCCUUUACUCCGUGAUUAGUAUUCUGGCUAUGCUUUACCUUGUUGUGUAUGGUGUGUUGAAGUCUGAGAGUGUGUUGGUUCAUUUCGGUUGCGGUUGUUUGUUGGGGGUCCUCUGGGUUCAGGGUGCCUAUAUGGGUCAUGACUCCGGGCAUUACCAGGUCAUGUCUAGCCGCAGGUACAACAAACUCGCGCAAUUUCUGGCUGGGAAUUGCCUUACUGGGAUCAGCAUUGCUUGGUGGAAAUGGACCCACAAUGCCCACCACAUUGCCUGCAACAGCCUUGAUUAUGAUCCUGAUCUUCAACACAUGCCGGUUUUUGCUGUGUCCACGAAAUUCUUUCAGUCAAUAACAUCAACCUUUUACGGAAGAGAGCUGACGUUUGAUGCCGUGGCUAGAUUUUUAGUCAGCCACCAGCAUUUUACGUAUUAUCCAAUCAUGAUUGUUGGAAGGGUAAACUUGUUUAUACAGACGUUCUUGUUAUUGUUCUCGAAGAGGAGCAUCCCAGAUAGAGCUUUGAACAUAAUGGGGAUCCUUGUUUUCUGGACUUGGUUUCCUCUCCUUGUUUCAUGUCUGCCUAAUUGGAGCGAGAGGUUUAUGUUCGUGUUGGCGAGCUUUACAGUGACAGCACUUCAGCACAUUCAGUUCACUUUGAACCAUUUUACAGGAGAUACUUAUCUUGGACCACCAACUGGCAACGAUUGGUUUGAGAAGCAGACAGCUGGUACCGUGGAUAUUUUGUGCUCAAGUUGGAUGGACGGGUUCUAUGGUGGCCUGCAGUUUCAGCUUGAGCAUCAUUUGUUCCCACGAUUGCCCCGUUCCCAGCUGAGGAAGAUUUCUCCCACUGUGAAGGAACUAUGCAAGAAGCACAAUUUACCUUACAAGAGUUUGUCCUUCUUGGAUGCCAAUGUGACUACCAUUAGGAUGCUAAGGAAUGCUGCUCAGCAGGCUUGGGACAUGACCCUUCCCGUCCCGAAGAACUUGGCCUGGGAAGCUGUUAAUACCCAUGGUUGAUGUUUGUGUCGACGCUCAUCUAAAUACCGCCCCUGCAUUAGGUUUCUCUGUUUAUAAGUUGGGGCAUCCUUUUCAGCAGGUUUUUCAUUUGCUAUUUGAUAUUAUUUUUGGCAGUUUUUUCUGAUAUUUGAUUUAUAUGUUUUCUAUGUUUAAACUAAACCUACUCUAAUCGAUAAUCAUCCGCUUUCUUCCUUCUGAUGAAGGACAAACAAUUUGAAGUCUAAGUUGAAUUUCUGAGUGUAUUUCAGGCUUCUUGAUAUGGAUUAUUGGAAACCAUAUCCAUUUGUGGUAUAGUGGCCAAAGAGUUUAGGGUUCCUUUGGAUUGGAUACUUCAUAAGUUCAAAGUACGUUGAAGGCAGAGGUGAAUGAUUUUUCAUUUAGAAGCGAUUAGAAGAGAUUGGACACGAAGGAAAUGUACCUCCACUAAUCGUAUCAUUUUGUGGGGACCGUAACAUGUAAUCCAUCUUCUACCUUUCAAUUUGACACAAUUUAUUCAUCAUACUUUGAAUGUAGUGAGUUACGUUUUCCAUUUCAGUCCUAGACAUAGACGAGUGCACGAUGAAUCGGACCUUAGACAUGAACUUUUAUCUUCAAUGAAAAAUCCUUAGCAUA